UCCGGGGACUCCGACGCCAGCGCCCGCCUGUUGCUGGAGGGUGCUGGGCAGGGCACCUUCACGAGCCCGGUUUCCUUGGCUGAGGAUAAGACCAGUUCCUACCUGCAGUCCUGUUGGUGGCUUAAGGGAAAUAAAUGUUUAAAGGGCUGAGCGACGGCCACCAGUGGGAAGUGGAGGGUCCAGGUGUGCAUGGACAAAGGGCCCGAAAUCAACUCGGAGUUUGUAGGCAGGAAGUGCAAAUCAAGGUCAGACGUCCAGGGCAAGGCCGGGGCUCACAGGAGACUGGUGGACCCUGGCCCAGCAAGGGGAUGUGGGUAGGCGGAGGCCAGCCUGGACUUCCCAGCUGGGCCUGACCCCUCCCCCAGGCUGGGCUCCUGGGUGGCACUGAAUGGUGGACUCUGACCUGAUACGUGGCCUUACUAGCUCUCGGACGACCUCAGUCCAGGCUCCGUCUGCUGUCCCCGCCGCCACCACCACCAUGCUACCUCCCAGGCCUAUACUUCUCUUGACCCUCCUCCUGACCCCCGGCUCACUGGGCCAGAGGGCUCGCAGGCCGUUGCGGCCACCGUCCCCCAUCAGCACCAUCCACCCCAAGGCCAACUUCGACACCCAGCAGUUUGCAGGGACGUGGCUCCUCGUGGCCGUGGCCUCCACCUGCCGCUUCCUGCAGGAGCAGAGCCACCGGGCAGAGGCCACAUUGUUGCAUGUGGCUCCCCAGGGCAAAGCCAUGGCUGUCAGCACCUUCCGCAAGCUGGAUGGGAUCUGCUGGGAGGUGCGGCAGCUCUACAGAGACACUGGGGUCCCUGGGCGAUUCCUGCUCCAAGCCCGAGGCGCCCGGGGGGCUGUGGAUGUGGUUGUCGGGGAGACGGACUACCGGGGCUUCGCCAUCCUGUACCUAGAGCGGGCACGGCAGCUCUCAGUGAAGCUGUAUGCCCGCUUGGUCCCCGUGAGUGACUCUGUCCUGAGCACGUUUGAGCAGCGUGUCCAGGGCGCCAAUAUGACGGAGGACCACAUCAUUUUCUUCCCCAAGUAUGGCUUCUGCGAGGCUGCGGACCAGUUCCACCUCCUGGAUGGUAAGGGGACCACAAAGGGGGCUCGGUCCAGCAGAUGAGGGGUGGGGACCUGGCCCCCAAGAGCACAGCCCAGCAGUGCGCGGGACUGGGGACGUGGCCCCCAAGAGCACAGCCCAGCAGUGCACGGGACUGGGGACCUGACCCCCAAGAGCACAGCCCAGCAGUGCAUGGGACUGGGGACCUGGCUCAUCUGGUGACUUGGGUGUCUGUGCCGCAGAGGUGAGACAGCAAGGCCAGCAGUGAGGCCAGGUGGGAGCAGGAGGCACGGAGAAGACCCCGUGGAUGAGGGACGCCACUGCCUCCCUCGUCAGGGGCCUGCCAUCGCAAGUGGUCCAGGGCCUGGGGGCCCAGGGCGUGGCUGAUGCCUUGUGGGGGCUCUCACCAUUCUGUCUGUUCUCUAGCUUUUCCUCCAUCCCCAGGAGCCUCUGGGACACAACCUGAUUGGGGCAGAGCCGUUUUCUCAUUAAACUCAUUCAGUCAACUUCUUAUCCCCUUCUUUCCGCUCUGGACCUGGCCCGGGCCUCUGCUCCUGGGCAUUUCUCGGCCACCUGGAGUUGCUGCCUAGAGGAGAAGGCAGACUCCCCUGCCCAGAGCCCCCUCCCGCCAGAACAGGAUAGGGAAGACAUGCCGGCCUUUUAAGUGCCCAGAAGCCAUGCCCCAUCUCUCCUGGCCUCAGUUUCCCAGCUGCAGCUGGGCCCCACCCCACCCUGCCCUGUGACUGGGGAGCUCCCAGAAAGCCCACACCCAGGGGAUGGGCAGAGGUGAGCGGUGCAGAGGGAAGGAAGGUGCACUGUGACCUGGAGGGUGACCUUUUGGGGAUUCAGGGGAAUAGCAGGGAAUCUGAAGGGAGCAGGGAGUGGAGGUAGGACUGAAAACUGGGAGUAACUGUGGUCCCACCCUCUGUGCCUCCCUGCCCCAGUGAUGCCUGGGAGGCCCCUCAAAGUGAGCCCAGACAGGGGUGGGCAGCUCACCACUGCCUCCCCCCACCAAAGAACUGGUCUCAGCCAACUUGUCUGUCCCUCGCCAAAGGUCACUGGGCACGGGGGCAAACCUACUGAAGGAGAAGGACUGAAGCUGGAAAAAUUGACCCUGGAAGAAAUAGAGAUAUUUCGGGGAACCCAAGAGCACUUGAAAAACAGAAAAAGUAGAAGCAAAAGACAGUAACAAAGAGCACGUUCUCGGAUCUGGGCUCUCCACCACCCCAUUUUCCUUCCCCGGCCCCCACCCCAUCCGUGCUCCAGGACGCUUAUCGGGGUUGACAGCCCCAUUUCCCGUGGAGCCUAGGCUGGGCAGCGGCCUGGCGGAUGGGCCCGCUCCCUGUGCCCAGGGCUGAAGGGCCCACGUGGCAGGUUCAGGGCUCUGUUCCAGUUCCCUGACGUGAGCACGCACAUGCCCUCCCCAUUACCCCCCCUCCCCCAUCUUAGCAUCCUUCUCAGCUUGCUGAAGGACACGAUAACCCUGCAAGGGUGUUGGGUCCUAUCUCACAGCUUCAAUGACUCUGCAGGGCCCUUACCACUCACUCACUCCCUCCCUCAUGCCCCGGUGGGGUCUGGAGAGCAUGCUGGGGGAGGUGCUUGUCCCAGGCAGUUGUGCCCUGUGUCUUUGCCCUGAGGCUGCCCUUCCCUUUCAUGCAGGCAUGAGCCCCUUGGCCAGAGGACAGCUUGCUCCCACCACCGUCCCUUUCAGCCUCCCCACAGGUGGCACUGGCCACCAGCCAGGCCCUGGUGUGGGUGUGAGCCUGAAAGUCCGCUGCCAUCCUACCGGGUCACUGCUGCCCACCCCCACCACAUCUUUGGGCACAAGGCAGCCCCCCCCCCUUCAAAGCUGCCCCUGCUGUCCUGGGGCACUGUUUGGCCCAGUUCCCGGGCCUUUCCGGUGAUCAUCUGAUACGAUCUGAGGUGCUCUGUGUGCUGGGCCCUGGGCAGGUGGGGACAGGCUAUGGGGAGGGGCUGCCCCUGGGAGCCCAAUGUCCAGGGCUUUGCCACGGAUGGAUGAAUGAGUAGAAGUGUGGAGUCAUGUGGCCAGGGGCGGGGGGUGGAAAGCACGGCUUGGGGCCCCAGAUGUGGCUGGGGGACCCCUAGGAGCUGCCCCUUCCUCCAUGUUCUACCCAGUGGCUCCUUUCCCUGGGGAGAACCUUGAACACCUGGGUGAGCUUAGGUCCAGCGAGCAGGGGUCCCCCAGCCCUGCCCACCGCCUCACCCAACCUACUCUCCUCAACCGAAGCCCAAUCCAGACUGGGAGGGCAGGGCACUAUGCUGGGGUGGGCUGUGCCAGGGGACUAAGGUUCAACCCUCGCCUGGUGUCCCUCUGCAGCUAGGCUCCCAGGAGGACAGUGAAAUGGGGCAACAGGGAAGGGACUCCAGGUGUGGUCCGGGAGGGAGAACGUGGGGGGGGCUGUACCCCUAGACAUGGACAAGAGGACCCCCAGGUUCCACAGCCCCCAGCACCUGAGAGAGCUGUCAUUAAAUACCACAGUGCCUGUGUGGGACAUGGC